AUGGGGAAUCAAAGAGGUACGAGACCGAUGCAGGGAAGGAAUAAUGGAAGGAGCAGAAAUUUCAGACCUACUAAAAGGAGAUACAGAGAUCAAGAGUAUGAAGAUGAUGACAUCGACUAUUAUCGAUCACAGGGAAGAGAGUACCAGUAUUCCAGAUAUAGAGAGUAUGAUAGAUAUGAGGAGUCAAGAUAUGGUGAUAUUGAAAGAACGUCUGGGCCUCCUGUUAGGGGACAUUCAAGGCAGAAUUACAUGCCAGACAGAGCACCACCAAGAAACGGAAGGAGGGAAGCAAGGUUUGAAAAUCGGGCAUUGCGACCAAGGGAUAGAUAUGAUAAUGAAUUUAGAGACAGCGAGGAAGCAGACAGAAGAGCUAGAAAGGAUACUCAUGAUAUAAAUCGAAAACCGUCACAGGGACCGCCCUCUUUACCUACAGGACCAAAGUCUAUGGAGAAGAAAAGACAUAUCGAGAAAACAAGCACGCCAGGUCCACCUUUCAAGCGUUUGGCACAACGUGUGAAGCACAAAAAUGUUAUGAAGGACUACGAAAGGUCAAAUGAUAAUAGAUUUAUGGAUGCAAAGCCGUCACAGCCGGAAAUUAUAAAGUUCAUGGAAGAGUCAAAAAUAAAAGGACCAAUAUAUGAAAGAAUACAGCAAGUCGGAGAGGGAACAUAUGGCAAGGUUUAUAAAGCCAGAAAUAGGGUCACUGGUGCACUUGUUGCGUUGAAAAGAUUAAGGCUAGAAACAGAGAGAGAGGGAUUUCCUAUCACAGCAAACAGAGAGAUUGGACUUUUGCAAUCCUUCGACAACAAGAAUAUAGUUGGCCUAUCUGAGAUGAUGAUUGAAAACAACCAAGUUUUCAUGGUGUUCCCAUAUAUGAAUCAUGAUCUUUCCGGAAUACUACAGCAGCACGAUAUUACUAUUACGGAUGGAGAGAAGAAAAACAUGUUUCAUCAACUUCUCGAGGGAAUCAGUUAUUUGCACAGGAAGCGUGUAAUCCAUAGAGAUAUCAAAGGUUCGAAUAUUCUUAUCAGUAAUAAAGGCGUGCUUAAAAUCACGGACUUUGGAUUAGCUAGAUCUAUGAAAAAUAUUGAUCCGAAAGUUGAAUCUCCAAAUUACACCAACAGGGUCAUUACACUUUGGUACAGACCACCGGAAAUAUUGUUAGGAUCCACUAGUUAUGGAAGAGAGAUAGACAUAUGGGGAAUUGGAUGCCUUUUACUUGAGUUAUUUACACGGCGUGCAGUCUUUCAAGGUACAAACGAAGUUGACCAACUCUGGAAGAUAUACGAUGUCAUGGGUACCCUACGAACAUCUGAUUGGCCAGAUGCAGACAAGCUUCCAUGGUUUGAAAUGUUAAGGCCUAAUUAUCACACUGAAUCCAAGUUUUGGAAGAAGUUUGGGAAUCUUCUGAGCCCCGAAUGCUUUAAUUUGGCCAAAUCUCUAUUGGAGAUGAAUCCGGAAAAGAGGAUUACGGCAGAGAAUGCACUCAAGCAUCCUUAUUUUAGAGAGGAGCCCAGGGAAUCGAAUCUUGAAUUUUUGAAAAAUUUGAACGGUGAAUGGCAUGAAUUUGAGGCCAAAAAGAAACGUAAAGAGAGAGAAGCUAAGGAAAGAGAAGAGGCUGCACAGCAAUGA